AUGAAUUUAUUAUGCGGAAUAAUAAUAACACAUUUGCUUUGCUACAACGUCGAGUUGCAGGCGAAAGAGACCAAGGGGGGACAUGCGCUUCCUUGGGAUCAGAACAAAUUGGAAUCCUCCUGGGAAGGGGAAGAUACCAUAGAGGAAGGACUACCCCCAAAGGAUUACACUGAGGAAGGGGAGAUAUCCCAAACGUUCGACGAGACAAGCAGUGUUGAGGGAGAGGAUGCGCACCCCAACCUUAGAUCGACCUUUUCAUUUUUCCAAGGAAAGGAAGGAGAAGAAGUAGGACAGAAGGCGGAUCAAAGAUACGAGGAAAAUGUGCAGCGCGUGAACGCACCAAGUGACCAGCAGGGGGGACAUAAACAUGUUGACCCACCCACCCAAAUGGCAACUGAAAAAAUCAUCAAGGAAGGAGAAAAUCUUUAUAUCAAUGGAGGAAUAAUCGAUUACGAAUAUAACAACGAUGAUGAGUUUUUUAAGUCAUUCCAUAUCGAAAACGCAAACAAGCAAAUCGAAAUAAACAGUCCAUGUUUUAACAUAAAGAACGAAAACGAAUGUCAGGAAAAUAGGAACUGUUUCUAUGAUCCUACAUAUCAGGCUUGCUUCCAGAAUUGCAAAAAUUUGGGAGAAGGGGAAUGCUCCAAAUAUACGGAGUGUAAGCUGACCAUGAAUGGAUGCGAAAAUGAAGGAUUCCUAAACAUCAACGUGUUCGGCUCGGACAUCGGGUCGGAUGUGCGCGCCUGCGAAUUGUUCAAUUCGGAGGGAUCAUGCUACAUGAUGGAGGAGUUGUAUAAAAACUUUGGUAGUAAAGAGAAGACGAACUUUAACUGCGUUUGGCUGUCUUACAAACGUGAAUACAAGAAGCGCAAGGAAGGGGGUGCUGGAAGGCGCCAUAAAAAAGAACCACAUGAUCAGGGGGGAAUGGAAAAUGGCGGAGUUAUUAACGUGCACAAGACGAAUGGACAAAGCGAACCGGGUGCCCACCCCAAUUAUCAUGUACUCCGAACCGAGGGACAGAGAAGCAUUGGUAGGAAUGAAGAGUUUCUAUCCCUACUGGAAUUAAAAUCGAGUGAAAAAAAAAAAAAAGAAAACCAAAAAAAUAGCAAUGAAGGGAAAGAGACCAAGAAGACAAACGCAAAGAAGGGGAAAGCGCAUGGGGACGAAGAUGGCGACGACGAGGAUUAUGGUGAUGAUGAUAACGGUGAGGGACUGGAUGCAGAAGAUGAUGCCGAUUUUAACGAUGUGAAUGAUGAGGAUGUGGCGGGAAAAGAGGAGGAUCUGGAUGGAGAAGGGUCAGACGAAAAUGAGGGCGACGAUUUUGACGAUGAAUUCGAAAAUAAAAUGGCGAAAAGUAAAGGGAAGGAACAAAGCAACGAUAAGGGAGAAAUAAGUGGUGAUGCAGAAGGAAGAGACACGAAACGUAUGCAUGGAAAGGAACCAUCUGAUGAAGUUCCAAUCGGGAAAAGCAUCCCCAAGGGGGAUGAGCUGAUAGUUCCCCCCGAAAAAUUAGUGGCGAGCCAAACGGAAAUCGUGACGGAGAGCAUCAUCGACGAUGCAGGAAAGGUCGAUACAACUGGCAAGCAUGAUCAGGACGGUCAGGAAGACUACGCUGACGGAAUAAAUGGUAACCCCACAGGGAAUGAUAACCUGGGAAGUGUUCCACACGAGCGGGGCAUAUUAAAGCAUAACUUUAACAAACCUGGUCAUGGAGACCAUUACGACGAAUGGAUAACCGUGGAAACGAGCAUUUGUGCCAAUUUAAACGAAAGGCCCAACCCAUCCGUGCUAUUGGAAGGGGCAUUAAUAGCUGAAAAGGAGGCGGAAUUAAGAAGUAUUAAAAACAAAUAUAAAAUCACAGACAAUGAAAUUUGUGUUAAGCCAUCAAAUGAACCCAAUAUUUCUUUCAGUCCUAAAAAAAAUUUUUAUGUGAUAGGAGAGAAAAUAGAAUUCAUUUGUCAAAAGGGAUAUAAAAUUGUUGGGACAACAAAUGUAGGGGUAUGUGUAGGCAGAAAUAAAAUCGUUCCCAACAUAAGUUGUGAAUCAUUAAACGAUUUCGACGAUGUUCAGAAGGAGAACAUACAGAAGAUCAAUAGCCUGAUUAGCUCUGGGGUUAGUUCAGCUUUGUCUGGGUUCCUAGCAAUGGUGCUCUUCGUCGUUGGAACUCUCCUCACCCAGUGA